CAGAGAAUGCGUCUCAAUUGCAAUCUCGUAUCUGUCAAAAACUCUGAUUACCCUGUCACGAAAACGAACAAUUUUUUUUUUUUAAUCUUUGUUAACGUCUAAAGAACACGGCAACAGAGAUGGACAACGACGCCGUUUCCAUUUCAUCCGCUCCGGGAGCUUCCAGGCAUCGUUGGGACGUCUUUCUGAGCUUCAAAGAGGAAGACACGCGCCACACCAUCACUCCCAAACUCUACGACUCGUUCGAGAAACACAGCGUCCGGGUCUUCCGCGAAGACGAGGGCCUGCGCCGCGGGGACGAGAUCGCGCCGAGUCUGCUCGAGGCCAUCGAGGACUCGGCCGCUUCCAUCGUCAUCCUCUCCCCGAACUACGCGUCGUCGCGGAGGUGCCUUCAGGAACUUUCCAAGAUCUGCGAGUGCCGGAGGCUUAUACUCCCGGUGUUCUACCGAGUCGACCCGUCGCACGUGCGGAAGCAGGGAGGACCUUUCAAAGAACAUUUUAGAAACCAUGAAGAGAGGGUUGGGAGGGACGAGGUUUCGAGGUGGAGGAGAGCUAUGGAAAAAGCUGGUGGAAUUGCUGGUUGGGUUGUCAAUAACAGCGAUGAGGCACAACCGCAUCAGAUUCAAUCGUUAGUCGAAAGGGUGUUGACUGAACUGGCAAAUACUCCAGUGGGUGUGGCUACAUAUACAGUUGGAAUUAAUUCUCGUAUUGAGGAAGUGAUGACUUUGUUAGAUGUUAGAUCCAAAGGCAUUCGAGUUCUUGGAUUAUAUGGGAUGGGUGGGAUUGGUAAGACAACCCUUGCCAAGGCACUUUGUAAUAAACUUGUUGGUCACUUUGAGUGCCUUAGCUUCAUUUCCAAAGUAAGGGAAAAUGCUGAUGGUUUAAUGUCCCUUAAGAACAAACUUAUCCAUGAUCUUUCCUCUGGUAAUGUUCGUAACUAUACUAUUGCUGCAAUCAAAGAAGUAGUUCAUGAGAAGCGAGUUCUUGUUGUUUUAGAUGAUGUUGACAAUGCAAGCCAGCUUGAUUUACUAAUUGGGAGAAGAGAAUGGUUUUGUGAAGGAAGUAGAAUCAUCAUCACCACAAGAGACAGAGGAGUUCUACCCGAGCGUCUUGUGCAUGCAUUUUAUGAGGUCAGAGAGUUGAGAGACCCUGAGGCACUAGAGCUUUUUAGCUACCAUGCUCUAAGAAGAAAGAAACCCACAGAGAAAUUUUUUUAUCUGUCCAAACAAAUGGUGUCUCUUACAGGAGGUCUACCGUUGGCUCUGGAACUAUUUGGCUCUUUUUUGUUCGAUAAGAGGAGAAUAGAAGAGUGGGAAGAUGCUUUGAAAAAGUUGGAAAAAAUUCGUCCAGGCCAUCUUCAGGAUGUGUUGAAGAUAAGUUUUAAUGGGUUAGAUACACAAGAGAAGUGUAUAUUCCUUGACAUUGCAUGUUUAUUCAUUAAAAUGGAAAUGAAAAGAGAAGAUGUAAUUGAUGUAUUGAGAGGUUGCAGUUUUAAGGCUGAGAUAGCAAUCAGAGGCCUCACUGCAAAAUCACUCAUUAAGGUUACUGUGCAAAACACGUUGUGGAUGCAUGAUCAAGUUAGAGACAUGGGAAGACAAAUUGUUCUAGAUGAUAACCCAGUGUAUCCUGCUAUGCGAAGUAGACUGUGGGAGCGUGAUGCUAUCAUGACUGUCUUGAAGGGUGAGAAGGGAACAGGAAGGAUACAAGGGAUUGUCCUAGACUUUGAAAGGAGGCCGAUGGUGGAGGAUCAAAGUGGUGACACAAUUGCUUGGGAAAACCUUAAAAGAACGCCCAAUUGCACCUCUGGAUUAACAUACUUGGAAGAACUGUAUAAGAAGCAUCUUCAUACUAAAGCAGAGAAGGAGAGGGAGGUAAUACUGCGCACGAAGUCCUUCGAAUCAAUGGUUAAUCUAAGACUUCUGCAAAUCAAUUAUUCGAGGUUGGUAGGACAGUAUAAAUAUUUACCUCCAGAACUGAAGUGGCUACAGUGGAAAGGGUGUCCUCUUAAAAGUCUUCCUUCUGAUUUUUGUCCUCGGGAACUUGCUGUCCUUGACCUCACGGAAAGCAAAAUUGAACAAGUGUGGGGCGGGUACAGUAACAAGGUGGCUAAGAAAUUGAUGGUUAUGAAUCUCCGCGGCUGCUGUAAUCUUUCUGCUAUUCCUGAUUUAUCUCGGCAUCAAACCUUGGAAAAGCUUGUUCUUGAACGCUGCCACAGUCUAAUAAAGAUUCAUGAAUCGGUUGGAAACAUGGGUGCAUUACUUCACUUGAACCUGAGAGAUUGUCAGAACCUUGUUGAAUUUCCUGCUGAAGUGUCUGGGCUGAAAAAUCUAGAGAACCUUAUCCUCUCUGGCUGCUCAAAAUUGAAAGAAUUACCAGACGACAUAGGCAGCAUGGAAUCUCUGAAAGAACUUCUUGUUGAUUACAGUGCUAUUGCAAAGCUUCCUGAAUCCAUAUUCCACCUUACAAAACUUGAAAAGCUUAGUCUAAAUGGUUGCCGGUUCUUAAGAAGACUACCCAACUGCAUUGGAAAGCUGUCUUCCCUGAAAAAACUCUCUCUUAAUUAUUCCGGUAUAGAAGAAAUACCUGAUUCUGUUGGAUUAAUGGUAAACCUGGAGAGUCUAGGUUUAAUUUUGUGUGCAUCACUCACUUCAAUUCCUGAUUCGGUUGGCAAUCUCAUAUCAUUGACAGAACUGGUAACUAGUAGAAGUGCAAUUAAAGAAUUGCCUGCUUCUAUUGGUUCUUUAUCAUAUUUGAAGGACUUGUCAGUUGGAAACUGUCGAUUUCUGAGCAAGUUGCCUGAUUCAAUUAAAGGAUUAGCUUCUAUUGUUGAACUUCAGUUAGAUGGGACAUCAAUCACAAAUCUGCCGGAUCAGGUGGGUGCUUUGAAAAUGCUAAGGAAGCUUGAGAUGAGGAAUUGUAAAGAUCUUAUAUCUUUACCAGAAUCAAUUGGAAACUUGUUGGCUCUUACUUCUUUGAACUUAUACAAUGCCAAUAUUUCUGAAUUGCCAGAAUCCAUUGGGAUGCUGGAAAAUCUUAUAAUAUUGAGAUUGAGUCAAUGUACACAGCUCCAUAAACUUCCUGCUUCAAUAGGAAAUUUGAAGUCCUUGCACGACUUGCUGAUGGAAGAAACUGCUGUGACAGAACUACCUGAAAGCUUUGGCAUGCUCUCAAGUUUAGCGAUAUUAGAAAUGGGUAAGAUGCCUCAUUUUCGGUUAGCUGGAAACAGCGUGAGUGAAGAGGUUGUAAUUGCAACUGCUGAAGAGAAACCUAGUCCUUUCAGACUUCCGACUUCUUUCUCCAAUUUAUGCUCACUAAAAGAAUUGGAUGCUCGUGCACGGAAACUAUGUGGGAAAAUCCCUGAUGAUUUUGAAAGGUUGUCAUCAUUGAAGAUUCUGAAGCUGGCUCAUAAUAAUUUUUCUGGCCUUCCAUCCAGCUUGAUGGGCCUUUCUGUUCUCGAAACGCUUGUACUGUCCCACUGCAAAGAGCUCAGGUCUCUUCCUCCACUUCCCUCAAGCUUGCUGGAGGUGAAUGUUGCAAACUGUACUGCACUGGAAAGGGUGCCUGAUCUUUCAAGCUUGGAAAACUUGUGCGAGCUGAAUCUUACAAACUGUGAGAAGGUGGUGGAUGUUCCGGGCCUUGAAUGCUUAAAGUCCUUGACAAGGUUGUUCAUGAGUGGCUGCAAAACAUGCUCAUCUGUGGUGAAAAGAAGACUUUCUAAGGUUUCUUUGAGGAAUUUACGCUCUCUUAGCAUGCCUGGAAGCAGAAUUCCAGAUUGGUUUUCUCCAGAGGUGAUAUUUUCAAAACGCAAGAACCGUGAGAUCAAAGGUGUGCUAAUAGGUGUUGUUGUCUCUGUCGACCAUCAAAUAGCGAAUGACAAAAGAGAUCAACUCCCUUUAAUACGAGGUAUACGAGCAAAUAUUCUCAAACUGAAUUCACGUGUAUUCAGUACAAUGCUGGAGUUAAAGGGAAUCCCAAUGACGCCGGAAGAUCAUAUUUACAUGUUUCGAUAUCACGAGUAUCGUCCCUUAGUUUCUCAGUUAAAGGAUGGCUAUAAGAUAAAUGUGACACAGGAUGACCCGCCAUACAUUGAGGGGAUUAAGGUGGAAAAGUGUGGGAUUUAUUUGAUUUUUGAAGGUGAGGAUGAUUAUGAAGGAGAUGAAGAAUCAUUGGAGGAAAGCCAACUAUCCAUUUCAGAAAAACUAGCCAAGUUUUUCAGCUCUCUUGAAGACGAUGACGAUCACAUCUCUGGGUCUGGUGAUGAAGUCAAAAGCCAAGUUCAAGAGAUUGAGAGACAAGAAGGAAGAGAAAAAGGGGUCCUUUUUGGGGGCAUUAGGCAACUUGUUGGAGAAUGUUUGGGUUUUUUCUUUGAGAAAUAAUAUGAUUACAUCUCUUAUAUAUUUAUUGUACAUCUACGUACAACUAAAUUUCAAAUCUACCAAUGAAUUUGUAGGGCCCACUAUGGGUCCCAUAAAUUCAAAGGUAGCUUUAAAAAUGAGAUAUACAAGAGAUGUAUCGGAAAUGUAAAAAUAUCAUUUCUCUUUUUCUUUUCUUUUUUUCUCUCUUUUUCUUCUUCUUUUUUUUUUUUUUUUUUUUUUUUUUUUUUUUUUUUUUUGUAAGUCGGGAUGUCUUGGUUUUGAAAAGAAUAAGCUGCCUGCAACCCAUUAGGAAAGCAACUUGGCCAUAUUUGCCAACUAUUGAAGCAACAGGGUGGUACUUACUACUUUGUAUUCUU